AUGACGCCGACCGCAACAGGGAACGAGGCGGAUCCCUCUAAGAAGAAGGGGCGUCGUAGCUCCCGCCAUGGCGAAGCACCGCCGUCCUCUCACUACGGUCCAGUCGCUUCCACCUCGGCGGCAGGUUCAGCGCUGGUCCAGGCGAACCUCACGGUCGACACGACAACGGCAGCGGCGGCGGCGUCACCACAGCAGCAGUCAAGCGGUGGCGGCAAUGCCAACGACAGGAGUGGGCCGCGGGGUGGGAACGACAACAGCUACGUCCUGUACAUGUCGGAAUCAAAAUUCGAUUCCGUUAGGCGGCGCUUCGGGGGAAGAUCCAAACCCGUCCUUGUGCCAAACACCACCGGUGCAAGUGCUGUACACGGCGCAGCAGCGGCUGCGAGCAGCAGCCCAAGCUCCAGUAGCAAGGGAUUCCGGCUGAGCUUCGGCUUGGGGGCCAAGAUUGUCGCGACCAAGGAGGCUAUGCACGCGACGUUGCACUGCCGGUGCGUGUUCGUCCUGCUCUGCGAGCUGGCUUCAUCAGCAACUGACGGCAGUAGCGGGAUGGGGAAGGCCUCUGACGCGAACACGGCUGCUGCCGCCCAGACGACGACGAUGGCGGCGGCCUCGCGCAACAGCAGCAGCAGCAGUAGCAGCAGCAGCAGCAGAAGCAGCAGCAAGCGCGGCGUGGACACCGCGCACCUGAUCACUCUUUCCCCGAACGAUCUGUUCUGCGCCCUCUCCGUUGACUCGUUCCCCCUAGCUGUCUCCACCGAAGCCGUGCAAGACACCAGCGGCGGCGGCGGCGGCGGCGGGAAUAGCCGGCGCGCGCAGAAUAAGAUAUCGGUAGUGGCAGCUUGUGCGUUGCCCAGGGCCUUCGAGGUGGUAGACGGGCCGGUUGUCAUACAUCGCCCGGCUGCACGACAUGGCGAGCCUUGGCGAGGGUUAGAGAUUUUCCGUCCGGGAGGUCCCGUCGGGUCGUGGAGAGGGCAUCGAGUACCGCUGCCGGCGGUAAGCAGGGGCGGAGAAGAAGGUGAAGACCACGACGACGGCACUCGACUUGGCGGCAUGUUGGUUGGUGGCGACGGCGGGAAGCGGCGCGCAGCAGCAGCACCACCAUUCCGUUUGGAUCUUGCCGCUGCGAAUGCUGCCGCUGCUCGUGAUGGAGAAGACUUGGUAGAGGCAACCCCUUCUCCUCUCAGCGGAGAGUCUGCUGCUACUGCUGCUGCUCGCGGGAGGAAACGAGCAGUCGGCACGGGUAGCAGCACCCUCCUCGUAUGCCCGCCUGGCGCCCCCUUUCCGGCAGCAACGCGGGACGCUAGUUUUAGUUAUUCGGGGUGCGGGGAUGAGAGCAUGCCCGGGGAAUCCCUCCGCCAAUGCAACGGCGUACGAGCAGCGGUUGUGGCCCUGCCGGCUGCUGUUCCUGCCGCGGUUUCGUCAGCAGCAAAGGCGGAAGACCCCGCUCGACCACCGCAUUUGCCCCCCCAGUGGACGUCGCUCUUUAUUGAUCGGGAGGGAGGAGCCUCGCUGGCACCAUGGUGCGGGCUGGCGUCUGAGUCGAGAUAUCAUUCCCCCACUUGUCUCUCCCGCGCCCCAGACAUGGACUCAGGCGUGGUCGGCCUAGCAUCGGGCGCGCUACCAGAAGGCACCGCCGCCGGCGACGGCGGGCUGAUCCUGAAGUCGCUACCCCCAACCUUCUACGCGGGCGUGGCCUUGAACAGCGGCCGGGGUGGGGCAGAGGCUACCACCGCAGCGGAGGGGAAUGGGGGUGCUCUGUUGGAGCUGCAGAGGGGGGCGCUGUCUUGUGCCCGCCUGCUCCCGGCCCCGCCGUCGUCAGUGAUGGCGGCCGCGGUAGACGACGCACUGGGAGUGCUGGCGGUGCUCUUGGCGGACCAGGCCGGAACCGCGCUGCUCCUGGCGCGCGACGGCUGCGACUUUCCGGUGGUGGAGGAACACCGAGGCAUCUCCGCCGCGUUCAAAGGAGACUUCUUGGGCAAUGGUCGGGAGCAGGUGGCGUUUCUCUCCGCGGCUUCGACGGGGGCGGGCGGCUCCGGGGGUGGAGCCGGCAAACCUGGGAAGCGGGGAGCGGCAGCGUCGAAGACCGGAGGCGCCGGGUGGGAGCAGCUGCCGCUCAAGAGUCUCGUGAAGAGGGCGCUGGUAACCGACUGCUCUUGCGUCUGGGGGAACGAGCGACGGGAGGAUCUUCCGACGACCCCGCCCGGCGGUGUUAACGGCGAGGGCGGUGCUGGUGGUAGUAGGGGAGCCGUCGCCUUGACGGGAGGUGCAGAGGUACCGAAGGGAGCCACGAAGGGGAAGAAGCGACAACGAUCGAAUGGGUUGGGAGACGAGGCCGGUGUAGCUGCGAGUAGUGGUGCGAGCGGGUCUUCUGUGGCGUUGGCGAAGCCAAGCAACAGCGGGGGGGCGGACGGCAACGAGGAUGGCAGGCUCAGCCGCCUCUCGAGUGUCGUGGGAGUUUUGCGGCGACGUGUGCAAGCGGAGGAGGCGCGGCUGUUGCACCUACGGCAAGCUAGGCGAGGCAAGGCGGCCGCCCUGGAAGCAGCCAAGCUGGCGCUCACGGCCAGCGUCGAAAGCGGAGGCGCCUGGGGGGGGGGCUGCGAAUUGCGCGCAGACGGUGGCAAUCACGGCGAGGACGCGGGCUCGCCCAGAGCCUCCUCGAACGCUUGGCUCUUUUUGGAUGGGCUGGUGGCCCCUGCGUUUGGCGGCGGCGGCGGCGGUGGUGGCGUGUCGACGCUGCCGAGCGGUCAUCAUGUCCACGAGAGGGUUGCCGAAGAACCACCACCCGCCCCCCUGCAGUGCGCGAUCGCUCGCGUUCGGUUCCACCCGCCUUCCCGCGUGCUCUGCUUGGACGCCCACGUCCGCAACCCGUCGCCUCCGAAGGCGGGUAACGCGGCAGAAGCUACGCCUGCGGCGGCGGCGGCGGCGGCGGCGGCUGGACCUACGGUGACUGUUGUAAAUGUGUGCUUGACCGUCGCGUCUGCUUCGGGACACCUCGCAACACGCAGUGCCGUGUGCCCGCGUCUCCGACCGGGCGAAUCGGCAACGGUCCGAGCGUGCGUCGAAGUGCCUUUCGGGUUGUUGGCGGGAGGAGGCAGCGGAGGUGGCGGUGGGGUGGUCCCCGGAAAGGCCGCUUCUCUCUACGCUUCGUGCAGCUGGAGCCUGGGCGGCGGCAGCUCACCGACGGCCCCCGGUGGAGGGACAAGAACGCCAUCCGUACGCUCCGAGGCAGGAGCUCGUGAGGGCGAUACCCUUGAUCGUCCUUCCCGCUCCCUCAUGUUUGCGCGCGUCCUUGUCUCCCCUAAGGAUAUGCUCGGCCUGGGCGGCGGCGGGGCAUCGCUGGCUCAGGCACCAGAGGACAAGCAGGCGGGGCAAGACUUGUUCGGCCACCACCGCUCCGCGAAGGCGGCCGCCGCGCGGGGCCGGAGGGGCGGGGCCGGCGACGGCGACGGCGACGGCGACGGCUGCAAGCAUCUUGGGCUCUUCGACGUCGGCACCCGCCUCGACCUCCUCCUGAGCUCCUCGGAUCCGUCCACCACCUCGACCACGAGCCUGGCCGCUCUCCCGCGGGCGGUGCGAUCGCUGUCGGAGGUCGCGGCGCUGCCCGAGGCUUGGGCGGGCGGGGCCGCCGUGCGUGUCAACGGGUGCUCGGAGCGCGCGGCCGGGUGCACCCUUCGGGCCGGCGACUCCCCCUCCGCCCCCGCGGUCCUGCUAACCGUCGCCGCGGGCGCGCUGCCCGACGAUACGCUGGCGUCGGCCGACCACGCCUCCGGACAAGGACAGGCUCUCCUGGUCGCCGCUGCGGCGGCAUUGAAGGACGAGAUGGCGGCGUUGGAGGCGGUGGUGCGGGAGCGGGGUCGGCUGGACGGAGGUGGGGGGGCGGGGAGGCUAGCGGCGGCGUUGCGACGGUACGGGGCAACGCAAAGGAAGUCCGACGUCUUGGCGGCGCAACUUGCCGGUCGGGUCGUUGCCGCACGCGGAGGAGCGGCGCCGGGAGAAGGGCUGGGUUAACUGUUGGGUGUGUUUUUUCUUGGUUGGAAGUCGUCGACUCGCGACAGGGCAAGAAGACCGGUGUUCGUUCCAGCCGGCAGUUUUGAUUGUGUGACCGGCCGGGUGUUUGAUGGGCUCGGCGACGUUGAAAUUGGGAGCUGAUGGCUUUGCCGGUACGGCUGAAGAAAACACUGCCGUGAUGCCUUUGACGUUGGAUCAGUUAUCAUUUCUGCCGUGCGUGAAUGGCAAUGCUUUUGUGUUGGUUUUUGUCAGGGAGUGGCGCACAUGAAUCGCGAUC